UCGAUCAGCGAGCUAGACGCGACUGUUCGAACAUUCUAUGAAGGUCGAGGCGAAGCUCAAAAACAAGCACAGACUACCCUGAACCAGGUAUGGUCACUUGGUCUAUCCUGAUUUUCUCUUCCACUUCUAACGUAAAUCAGUUCAAGGAGAACCCCGAUGCCUGGCUCUUGGUCGACAAGAUUCUGUCAGAGGCGCAAUAUGAGCAGACUAAAUUUCUGGGUCUGCAGGUCUUAGACAGUGUGGUUAUGACAAGAUGGAAGGUUUUGCCUCGAGAUCAGUGUCACGGAAUCCGAAACUUCGUUGUCAACUUCAUCAUUACAGCCUCGACCUCUGAAGAGAGCCUCCGCCGCCAGCGAACCUUCGUCAACAAACUCAAUCUCGUUCUCGUAUCUAUCUUGAAGCAGGAAUGGCCUCACAACUGGCCUACAUUUAUCAACGAGAUCAUCUCCGCAUCACAUAGCAGCAUUCCGAUCUGCGAAAACAAUAUGGCCAUUUUGCGUCUGCUGUCGGAAGAAGUAUUUGACUUCUCCGCUGACCAAAUGACAUCUCAAAAGACCAAAGAGUUGAAGCAAAGCAUGGCAGAUGAGUUUACAUCAAUCUAUACUCUCUGUUCAGAGGUCCUGCAGACAGCUUCGCAAGCCAGUCUAAUUAGAGCGACCCUGGAGACCCUUCUUCGAUUCUUGAACUGGAUCCCGUUGGGCUAUAUCUUCGAGACACCGGCGAGUGGUUUCAGCCUUAUCGAGACGCUGCGAAGUCGUUUUCUAGACGUGCCUGAGUUCCGGAACAUCACACUCAAGUGCUUAACGGAAAUAGCAGGGUUGCACACGGAACCCGCUUACGAUGAGAAACUCGUCAACAUGUUUACAGAAACUUUGACUGCCAUCUCGUCGAUCAUACCACUGGCGAUGGACCUAAAGAGUACAUACGCUGGUAGUAGUAGUCGUGACCAGGAAUUUGUGCAGAAUCUGGCCUUGUUCCUGUGCAACUUCUUCUCCAUGCACUUAAAUGCCAUCGAGAAUAUUCCGAAUCAAGACUUUCUCCGCCACGGUCACUUCUACCUAAUCAGGAUUAGUCAGAUUGAAGACCGCGAAAUAUUCAAGAUCUGCCUAGAGUACUGGACAAAGCUGGUCUCUGAACUCUUUGACGAGAUGCAGCAACUGCCAAUAUCUGAUAUAAAUCCCCUUAUAACUAUGGGUAUCAACGGUAGCGCAAGCCAGGCCAGUAUGAUGGCUAAUUAUCCUCUUCGCAAGCACAAAUACGCUGAAGUUCUCACGAAUCUCCGCCAGGUGAUGAUAGAAAAGAUGGUCAGACCUGAAGAAGUGCUCAUCGUGGAGAACGAUGAAGGCGAGAUCGUUCGCGAGUUUGUGAAAGAAAGUGACACCAUUCAAUUAUACAAAUCGACGAGGGAGUGUUUGGUGUUCCUUACCCAUCUGGAUGUUGCGGAUACUGAGACCAUUAUGUCUGACAAGCUCGCGCGCCAAGUUGACGGUACCGAAUGGUCAUGGGCCAAUUGCAACACGCUUUGCUGGGCAAUCGGCUCUAUAUCAGGCGCGAUGAACGAGGAUACUGAGAAACGUUUCUUAGUCACCGUAAUCAAAGACUUACUCGGCCUGACGGAGAUGAAGCGCGGCAAAGACAACAAAGCUGUAGUUGCCAGCAACAUCAUGUACAUCGUCGGUCAGUAUCCUCGAUUUCUCAAGGCUCACUGGAAGUUCUUGAAGACUGUCGUUAAUAAGCUUUUCGAAUUCAUGCAUGAGACCCAUGAAGGAGUCCAGGAUAUGGCAUGCGACACCUUCAUUAAGAUCGCAAACAAAUGCAGAAGACACUUCGUCGUACAGCAGGCUGGAGAGCAAGAAGCUUUCAUCGACGAGAUCGUUCGCAGCCUGCAGAAGAUCACAUGCGACUUGUCACCGCAGCAAGUUCACACGUUCUACGAGGCCUGUGGCUUCAUGAUCAGCGCCCAAGGCCAGAAACCUCAACAAGAGAGAUUGAUCAGCGAUCUGAUGGCUCUCCCGAACCAAGCUUGGGAUUCUAUUAUCAAGGCUGCCAAUGCCGAUCCUAGCAUUCUACAGGAUGCAGAUACCAUCAAGAUAAUCGGAAACAUCAUGAAAACUAAUGUAGCUGCUUGUAGCUCUAUCGGUAGUUAUUUCUACCCACAGAUUGGUCGGAUCUACCUCGAUAUGCUCACCAUGUAUCGCGCCAGCAGUAGCCUGAUAGAUGAGGCAGUUCAAAGGGAUGGCAACAUCGCAACGAAAAUGCCGAAGGUUCGCGGGCUGCGUACUAUCAAAAAGGAAAUCUUGAAAUUGAUCAACAUUUACGUUGAGAAGGCCGAUGAUCUCGAGAUGGUUCACCAGAGCCUGGUACCACAACUGCUCGAGGCUGUUCUUCUAGACUACAAGCGAAACGUUCCUGACGCGCGCGAAGCCGAGGUCUUGAAUGUCAUGACUACUAUCAUCAACAAACUACAUGUACGUUGGAAACCCACUCUUGGCAAAUUCAUGCAGGAGUCUAUGAGUUUGAUGGAAGACCAAAUUAUGAACAUUAUGGACUCUGUAUUUGAAUGCACGCUCGACAUGAUCAAUAAGGACUUCUCCGAAUACCCUGAGCACCGUGUGGAGUUCUUCAAACUUCUCAGGACUAUCAACCUACGCUGCUUCCCAUCUUUGCUAAAGCUCGAUGCACGAUCUUUCAAAUUUGUCAUCGAUGCUUGCAUGUGGGCUAGUAAGCAUGAUAAUCGUGAGGUCGAGAAUGCAGGAUUGAGCAUGUGCUUCGAAUUGAUCACCAACAUGUCAGACACGGAUGUCAACACCUGCAAUACUUUCUUUCAGAAUUUCUACACCGUUCUCCUCCAAGAUGUUUUCUUCGUUGUCACGGAUAGUGAUCAUAAGGCUGGUUUCAAGUCACAGUCGAUGCUACUUGCCAAACUUUUCUGGCUUGUCGAUUCAGGAAAGCUUCAAGGACCAAUAUACACUCAAGAGAUGGCACCAGCCGGCACAUCAAACAGAGACUUCCUUAGACAAUUUGUCGGAAGUCUAUUGACCAACGCGUUCCCGAAUCUUAAGACGCCACAAAUCACAUCCUUCAUUGACGGCCUAUUUGGAUCGAACAAUGAUAUCAAUCGCUUCAAGCUCAUUCUACGUGACUUCCUUAUCUCGCUGAAAGAGUUCUCUGGCGACAAUGCGGAGUUGUACAGUGAAGAGCGAGAGCAAGCAGCAGCUAAGGCAAAGGCCGAUGAGCGAGAACGGGCGAUGAAGGUUGGCGGUCUCAUUAAACCAUCGGAUAUGGACGAUGAUGAGCUAUGACAAUGCAAAGACUUGCCACUUGAUCUUGCGGUGAGAACGCCGUGGGACCAACCAAUCUUCCGUGGUCUCUCCGAUGAUGUUGAAGGCUCC